AUGAAAUUUAACAAUAUGUGAGUAAGCAUCAGAUUUGUGGUGGAGGGGAAAAAUCCAUAAGUAAUGGGAAAAAUCAUCUAAUAAAAACAUAUAAAAUUUAAAACCAGUUACACUAAGGACAAGAGAUUGCCAUAAAUAAGUAUGCAUUAAUUAAAAAGGAAAAGUUGAAACAUGACUUGACGACUGAAAAGGUAGGCAAACAUGUUUGCCAAGUUGACAUGCAUGACAUAAAAAAUCUAAUUUUGAUUUAGGGAAGCUAGCUAAGGAAGAUGACACGCCAUGGAGAACAGCGGGGCUGGGGUGUCUAAGCCAGCGGUGCCAGGUGGACAGAUCGACUCGGGCCAAAUGGAAAUGGGCGUUAGACGGCGCUUGAGAGAUAAGAGAAGUGACGAUUUUGCGUACCAAGAAGAUGCAAGAGAGCCAGCCAAAAUUGUUGAAGUUGGAGCCCACAAGGAAGCUCCACUACUUCCAGAAGUUCCACAGUUAAUGGAUCUAGAUGAGAGUGCAGACGAUGAAACUGAUGAUGUUGAGAUAUUAAUUACUACUGAUGAGAGCUCUAGCGAAAAUGAGUUCAUGUCAGAUGAUGAAUAUAGAAUACACUUUACUGUAGAAGAUGGCUGGGGAGUUAAGGGUAAGGGCCAAGCAGAGCAAAGCAAGUCCAAUACUGGGAAGUGGAAAGAACUUUCUAGGUUGCGACUUGCUAUCCUUGGUGGUCGUAGAUCAGGCGGCACAUCAGCCAGCGCAUCAGGGAGUGCAUCAGCUAGCGCCUUAGGCAGCGCAUCAGCGAGGGCAUCAUCUAGCACCACUGUCAGACCGCCCAUUGGCCCUCACGAAACGAAUGUUACUAGCACCUCUUCUGGCGGGUUUACACAUUCCACUGAUGAGUCUAGGAUGCGCGAUGAUGAGAGCAUGGAAUCAGGCGGCACAUCAGCCAGCGCAUCAGGGAGUGCAUCAGCUAGCGCCUUAGGCAGCGCAUCAGCGAGGGCAUCAUCUAGCACCACUGUCAGACCGCCCAUUGGCCCUCACGAAACGAAUGUUACUAGCACCUCUUCUGGCGGGUUUACACAUUCCACUGAUGAGUCUAGGAUGCGCGAUGAUGAGAGCAUGGAGUUAGACGAGUCAAUGGAGCACAACCAUGACGAUGCCAUGGACCAUGGACCAAGCGUAGCAUACUUUGAUCGCUCUGGCAGUGUCCUCUUCACAGAGGAGGGAGCUCGGAUCAUUUGUUCCACAUUCUAGCGGAGGCUCGAUCCAAUAGGGGGUAGAUGGAAAAGCCUAAGUGACGCGAUAGUUGAUUUUUACUGGAGAGAGUUUCAUGUAAAUUUUGGUUAGAUAUGAAUAUCAAAUGUAUGCUUUCUAUAUUUUGUAUUUUGUUUAAAAUAUUAUCUAACAUGUCUCGUCUAACUUCUUUUUUGAAAUUUAGAAGCAUGCUUCUUGGGACUCUCACAUUGAUGAUCAGGUUAUGUUCUGUGCUUGGCAAUCGUGUUGGAACACACUUUGUACGAUAAACUAAAGUCGUGUUC